AGGGUGUGCUGACACCGACCAGCUCGUGAAUGAACCGCAGACCGGCGGAGACUGGAUCUGACAACCGCAGCCUCCGCAGCCUUCUUCCAGCCGUCCUGGGCUCAACUCUGCACGGACGCGGCCUCUUUCUUUUCCUCUUCCAUUCACCGGACUGGCUUUUCUCCCCCUCUUCGUCCUUCUUCCCCUGCACAAGUGUUCGCGUGUACAUAAGCGCGUGAGGACUGCGUAUCUCCCCUCACACGCAUACACACAUACACACACACCUAUUUGGAUUAGGGACGAUGCCGCUUCCCUCUACUUCAUCUUCCUCUGCAGAGCUUUUUCUGUGAUUUCGGGGUGGAUUUUUUUUCUGGUUUAUAACUCCUCUGGAUUAGGAUAUGGAGUGAUGCUCGGCUCGUAACAAGAGGAAGUAACAACCUUGAGAAGUCCAGAUCCAGCCUGGAUUUUCUACUGGAAUUUUCUAUUAAACACACGGACAGACUGAGGAGUCUCUGUCACCCCCCACCAGUUUUCCCGCCGGGAUUUACAUUAGCAGAUCUGAUAAAAGGAUGCUGCAGGGUCCUGAAGAGGGACUAAGCCCCACCUGAACCGCCCCUCCCCCUCCCUCAUUCUCUUCCCCGACCCUCAGACGCCGCAGUGCCGCAGACCCACCAUGAACCUGCUGUGCCGUGGCCGCCUGAAGCUGCUGGUGGCGUCUCUCACUGCCGUUGUCCUGCUCACCUGGCUCUACUUGCUGGCUGGAAACCUGGAGAAUGGUCGCUCCCUCCUCCUGGCGCCCUGUUUGGCCGACACACCGGCCGCUCAAGUCUUAGAGCGAGCUGUCCUCGAGUCGCGGGUCCGAGAGGUGGAGGAGGAGAACCGGCAGAUCCGGCUGCAGCUCAGCCAGUCGCAGGGCACCGCAGCUCAGCUGGCGGAGGGUAACUAUGGCAACCAGCAAUGGGGCGCAUCAGCAGACACGGUGGCGGAGGACGGCGACAACACGGCGGAGGAGAAGAACAACCACACGGAUUGUCCCCGCUCCCCCACCGUCCAGAAGUGUGAGCUGAUCCAUGUCGCGUGCGUGUGUGCGGGUCACAACGCCAGCAGAGACGUGGUCACGCUGGUCAAGUCCGUCCUCUUUCACAGGAGAAAUCCUCUCCACUUUCAUUUCAUCACUGACACAGUAGCCAAUCAGAUCCUGAGCUCUCUGUUUCAGUCCUGGAUGGUCCCAUCUGUGCAAGUCAGCUUCUAUGAUGCAGAUGAACUUAAGUCCGAGGUGUCGUGGAUACCCAACAAACAUUACUCAGGUAUUUACGGGUUAAUGAAGCUGACACUGACCAAAGCCUUGCCCGCCGACCUGGCGAAGGUCAUCGUCCUGGAUACGGACAUCACCUUCGCCACCGACAUCGCCGAGCUCUGGGGCAUCUUCAGAAAGUUCACUGAUAAACAGGUGAUCGGUCUGGUGGAGAACCAGAGUGACUGGUAUCUGGGGAACUUGUGGAAGAACCACAAACCUUGGCCUGCUCUGGGAAGAGGCUUCAACACAGGCGUCAUUCUUCUCUACCUGGAAAGACUGCGGCGAAUCAGCUGGGAACAGAUGUGGCGGCUAACAGCAGAAAGGGAACUAAUGAGCAUGCUCAGUACAUCGCUUGCAGACCAGGACAUCUUCAAUGCCUUCAUAAAGCAGAACCCGGUCCUGGUGCACCAGCUGCCUUGCUUCUGGAACGUUCAGCUGUCUGAUCACACUCGAUCAGAGCAGUGCUACACCGAGGUUUCCGACCUCAAGGUGAUCCACUGGAACUCGCCUAAGAAGCUCCGAGUCAAGAACAAACACGUGGAGUUCUUCAGGAACCUUUACCUGACCUUCCUGGAGUACGAUGGAAACCUGCUGCGCCGGGAACUGUUCGGCUGUCCGAGUCAGGCCAGUCCAGACAGCGUUCAGCUGCAGACAGCUCUGGAGGAGCUCGACGAGGAUGAUCAGUGUUACGACUUCCGGCGAGAGCGACUGACAGUGCAUCGAGUGCACCUGUACUUCCUGCAGUAUGACUACACGCCCACCAAGGACGGGGCCGAUGUCACGCUGGUGGCUCAGCUCUCCAUGGACAGGCUGCAGAUGCUGGAGGCUAUCUGUAAGCACUGGGAAGGCCCCAUCAGCCUGGCGCUCUACAUGUCCGACGCAGAGGCUCAGCAGUUCCUGCGUUACGCUCAGGCCUCCGAGGUCCUCAAGAACCGUAAGAAUGUUGGCUACCACAUUGUCUACAAGGAGGGCCAGUUCUACCCGGUCAACCUGGUGAGGAACGUAGCCCUGAAGAACGCUAACACCCCCUAUGUGUUCCUUACCGAUGUGGACUUCCUGCCAAUGUACGGUCUCUACGAUUACCUCAGGAAGACGGUGGUGCAGCUGGACAUGGCUCAUAAUAAGAAGGCACUGGUGGUUCCCGCCUUCGAGACUUUGCGUUACCGACUGUCCUUCCCUAAAUCCAAAGCCGAGCUGCUCUCCAUGCUGGACAUGGGGACUCUCUACACCUUCAGGUAUCACGUGUGGCCAAAGGGUCAUGCUCCUACAAACUAUGCUAAAUGGCGAACAGCCACCACACCCUACAAGGUGGAAUGGGAGCCAGACUUCGAGCCGUACGUUGUGGUGAGACGAGACUGUCCCGAGUACGACCAGCGUUUUGUGGGCUUUGGGUGGAAUAAGGUGUCCCAUAUUAUGGAGCUGGAUGCACAGGAGUACGACCUGAUGGUCCUUCCCAAUGCAUUCAUGAUCCACAUGCCCCAUGCUCCCAGCUUUGACAUCUCCAAGUUCCGCUCCAGCUCCAGUUACCGUAACUGUCUCAACACCCUGAAGGAUGAGUUCCACCAGGAUCUGUCCAGAAAGUACGGCGCAGCCGCUCUCAAGUACCUCACCGCCCAGAGGAACAUCUAGAAAGCUGGUCUGCUGAAAGCCAGAAAAUCGGUCAGCCCCUGAAAGCCGCUUGGACAUGCACGGACACUGGGGACCACUUUGCAGCAGAGUGUGAUGUGAUAAAACGGUGAAGCUUUACUGCCCUUUCGAGCAUUCUCGGGCUUCUGUGCAUUAAUUCUCCAGUCGACUCCACCUCAAGGUGACUGAAGGGAGGUGCAGAGAUGAACACCUGAAAGGGACAGGGUAACAUUCAAUUUCCUAAAUGUAGGAUUCUGGAUGAUGGACGUGUGCAUACUGACGGGACGAGCUUUAAGGCCAGGAAAUAACAACCAUAUUCUAACAAUUUGUUCUGACAAUCAGGGCUUUUUUUUCCAGAGGACACUAUGAACUGGUCUGUGCAUGGAUAUCUGGACACAACGGGACCCCUGUCACUUUGUGGAAAAACUUUAAGAGCGGAGACUCCGUUUGUGAGGCCAGUCGAACUGGAGAAUGAUUUAAGCCUUAUCACUUUCAUGAUAUUUACUAAGAUAUUUAAUGAUAUUUUCUUUUUCAGAAUAAAUCAGAACCAAUGAUAGAGAACAUUUGCAUUUACAAUGAUUUGAUUAUGGCUUUACAUAAAAAUAGUUUUUUUUUCUUUUUAGAUUUUCAGACCUCUUUAAAAGAAAUCCAUAGUGUCCCUGUCAAUUAUUUCAGAUUUUCUGCAGGCGUCAGGGAUGUGCUUUGUGUGCGCGUGAAUGUGUGUGUUUGUGUGUGUGCGAGCACAUCCUAAACACAGUUACUGCUUGUCGCCAUGCUUGCUUUCGUCUUGCAUGAAAACAGUGCACUACAUGUUCUUUUCACAAUAGAAAAAACACAUUUUCAUUUUCAUUCAUGCGUCUGACAGUAUCAUAAACCUGUUACUGAUGAAAGUGUUAAUGAGCAAAUCUUUAACCAAUCGGGAGCAGCUCACGUGACCAAAACUGACAUGUGACAUUGAGUAGUUAUUUCAUGAUGUAGAAGCUUAUUUUAAUUUGUUUUGUUCGUGUCUGAAUCACUGGACAUAUGUGCCAUCUAUUGAUUUUUUCCCAAUGUAAUGUGAUUGUUUUUGUCACGUUCAGCUGAAAUUAUGAAAGUCAUACCUCUCAGCUGCCAAGAAAUUUCUCUUUAGUCACUAAACUAUAAGUCUUUAGGCUCAAACCAGUAACAAAGAAAAUGGCCUCCCUUGUCUUUCCCUGAACAUUUUUUGAAGGACCAAACUUUAUUUGUUUAUUUAGAUGGUACACAAGAUUGCUUUUAUUCAAACACUUACUCCAGGCUCGCGUACUUCAGCUGAACAAAGUGGUGGUCAAAGAAAUGAAAAUGACUAAUGUUGUUUAAGUGUUUUCAAAAUUGAGAUGUGAGCUGUGAUGUCAUAAAUCCUUAUACGUUAUCCGAGAAAUAUCUAAGCUUUGAAUUGGAGAAAUACCGACUGGUUCAGUUUCCUGAUAUCGCAAACUAUCUGGUGCUUAAGAUCAGCCUCUACAACGAGCAGAAGAAAAUAAGGUAAAUCUUGGAAUUUAAAAGUUUUUUGUAGAUGGAUGGGAGAAAGCAGUUGGGAUUGAGACCCAGUUUCUGCCCCCAGUGUGUUGUCUUCAUUCGGGAGAUUGCUAAGAAAUCCUAGAUUUAUGAAGUUAAAAUAUUAGCCCAUGUUUUUGUCAUCUUCUUGCACAGCAACUGCAAGAAAGCAGCUACAGCAUCAUCCCAUGAGCUUUAAUUUAGCAACAUCAUAGCCAAAGCUAACGGAGAAGGACCCUACCUGACUGAAGCAAAGUGAUCUACAAAGUUUUAACCAAGUGAUCACUACAAUCUGACAUGAUCUGACACAGCUCCUUUUGAUCCCAAAGAAAUGUUCACAAGACACUUUUCUUUAUGUCUUUCUUGGCUCACUGUCCUGUUUUUAAUGACUCUGAGAAACCCUAAAGAAACCUCAAUCAGUUUCACAAUUUGAACAGCUGGAACAGUCAAACUAUGUAAAACAAGCAUUAACCAGCUUUCAGGAACAUGUUAGCGACACAUGCUCUGAUCUCCAGAGAGUUAAGUUGACCACCACUUCAUGUAUGCACAGUUAAUAAGAUUGAUGUCAUAUCAUGUGAAUAUAAGCCAUAGAAUGCCCUAGAAAAAGGUUCAUUUCGUCAAACGAGUGUCAACAUGGUCAAAAACCACUCUCUUGCCAUUCACUGAUUGGCUCAAGUGUGUGGAUGUUUAUAAAGCAGUAUUAAAAAUCUGCUUUAACAAUCAAAGUCACUACAGUACAGAUCCACUCAGUCAGCAUAUAGUUUGGACUGAGCAUCAUAAGUCCGUUAGCCAGGCCAGCAUCCAAAUCUGUGCAGUUAAUCUCGUUUCUGUGUGCUAGCUAAACUAAACCAAAGCUAAGCAGGCAACAAAGAUGCCAGAAACAACAAACAGAUCACAUGAUGGCUCGCUUUUCACAGUAUGCAGCCAGUUUACAGAAUGGUUCUAUCCACAUUCUAUAUGCUGGUGUCCACAUAGUGUUGCUAAUGCUAAUGCUAAUUACAUAUGAGCCCCUUUGGAAGUGUAUUGAUGGGUGGGUUGUUCAUUUUGUACAGUUUUGUUUAUACAAUCUUUUUUGUUGUUGCUAAAAUCUGAUUUUGAUUUUAAGUUCACAAAAAUAAAGAAAUAAAUAGAA